AGAGAAAUAUCAUUGGUGUUCUUUUUUUCUUCUUGGCAAGCGUGAGAUCGGACAUCACCACCGUGCUCAUUUCCUACGCUAUCUCCUUCCUCCAUUCUCCGCCGCGAUGGAAUCGCCGAAGCAUUCAUUGAUCCCUAGCUUCCUCUAUUCCUCUUCUUCAUCGCCGAGAUCUUUUCUCCUCGAUCAGGUGCUGAAUUCCAACUCCAACGCUGCAUUCGCAUCCUCCAAUCUCGAAAAAUCUCCUUCUCCGGCCGCCCGUUCCUCGCCGACGACGAUGAUUUCUCAGAAGAAUUUCCUCAUUGCGUCUCCCACGGAGCCAGGGAAGGGGAUCGAGAUGUACUCACCUGCCUUCUACGCCGCCUGUACCUUCGGUGGAGUUCUCAGCUGUGGUCUGACUCACAUGACCGUUACCCCUCUCGAUCUCGUCAAGUGCAAUAUGCAGAUUGAUCCGGCAAAGUACAAGAGUAUCUCUUCUGGUUUUGGAAUUUUGUUGAAAGAGCAAGGAGUCAAAGGAUUUUUCCGUGGAUGGGUCCCUACUCUGUUGGGUUACAGUGCUCAGGGCGCCUGCAAGUUUGGGUUCUACGAGUACUUUAAGAAAUACUAUUCUGAUCUUGCUGGACCUGAGUACUUUGCCAAAUACAAAACCCUCAUCUACCUUGCUGGUUCUGCUUCUGCUGAAAUCAUUGCCGAUGUUGCACUCUGCCCAUUUGAAGCUGUGAAGGUCCGGGUUCAGACACAGCCUGGAUUUGCCAGGGGAAUGUCUGAUGGAUUUCCUAAGUUUAUCAAGUCCGAAGGAUACGGAGGCUUGUAUAAGGGUCUUGGUCCACUCUGGGGACGUCAGAUUCCUUACACGAUGAUGAAGUUUGCUUCGUUUGAGACCAUUGUUGAGAUGAUAUACAAGUACGCAAUCCCCAACCCAAAGGAUCAGUGCAGCAAAGGUCUGCAACUCGGAGUGAGUUUUGCAGGAGGUUACGUUGCUGGAGUGUUCUGUGCAAUCGUUUCUCAUCCAGCAGAUAAUCUAGUGUCGUUCCUCAACAACGCUAAGGGAGCAACCGUCGGAGAUGCGGUGAAGAAGAUAGGAGUUUUGGGACUGUUCACAAGAGGGCUGCCUCUAAGAAUUGUGAUGAUAGGGACAUUGACUGGAGCACAGUGGGGAUUGUACGAUGCCUUCAAAGUGUUUGUUGGCCUGCCUACCACCGGUGGUGUUGCUCCUGCCCCUCCGGCCCCUGCCAUCGCAGCUGCUGAAGCCUAAAAAUGAUGAUGAUAAAAGUUAGGAUUUUUGUUUGAAAAAAUAAGAGAAACGUAUGGCAAUGAGGAAGAGUGAGCUCAUCCUCCUAAUUCCCAACUUGGUCAUUUUUUUUUGAAAUUUGUGUUCCUGAAUUCAGGAUAGUACUCUUACCCUCUUUCUCACUCACCCCAGACUCUUUCCCUAUUAUUGUUUUUUUCUUGUCCACUUUUGUUUGCGUGAUGUAAUUUUAAAAGAUGAGAGUGACAAACUCUAUAGACAGAGUGGGCACACACCCACUUAUACUACUUUUGUUCGGUUUCAUUUGAAAAUCUCUUUUGGCUGUUUCUAUUCUAUGUCAUGAGUUUACUAA